AUGGUCAAUGUCGGUCAUGGAGUCAGUUUGCUAAGUCAAGGCACCGGGUAUGGAAUCAUCAUAGGCCUUGGCGUUCUCUUCGCCGCCGUCAUUCUCAUUGCAGUGAGGAUCCAAAGACUGUACCUGAUGGAAGACUCUGGCCGAUCCGAGAUGUUCAUGGUGGCAAAUCGAUCCGUGGGCACCGGCCUCACCUGUUCAGCAGUCUUCUCCUCGUGGAUGUGGAUCAACGAAACCGUCUUUGCAUCCGUGGUGUGCUACCAGUACGGUCUCGCGGCACCAAUGUGGUUUGGGACAGGUCUCUCCUUUCAAGUCGCCUUGAUGGCCGUUCUUGGUGUCUUGACCAAAUUGCGGGUACCGCAUGCUCACACGUCGUUGGAGAUCGUUCGAAAACGGUACGGCAACUUGGGCCAUGUUGUGUUCGCCGUGCUCAACCUCAUCAACAAUAUUUUCGGGUGCUCUAGUAUGAUACUUGCUGGAUCACAAUUAGUUGUGGGCAUAACAGGCAUGCAUCUAGCCGCUGCAACGAUUCUGAUCCCCCUUGGAGUCGUUCUGUAUACUGCUGUUGGCGGAAUCAAGGCAACCUUUCUCACUGACUUCCUUCAUACCACCAUCGCUGUUUUGUUGAUCAUCUAUUUCACCUUGUCGGUCCUCACGAAUGAGCAUAUCGGCGGACUUGAUGGUAUCUAUGAUAAGAUCUCUGCCAGCGCUGCGCAGCACUACGUUGUCGGAAAUUAUGCAGGCUCUCUGUUGAGUUUCAAGUCAAAGGGCGCUAUCAUGUUCGGUCUCAUUCUCAAGUUCGGCAAUCUCGCCCUUGUGAUUAUGGACACUGCUUUUUGGCAGAAGUCCUUUGCCUCGGAAGUCCAGUCCACGGUUCCAGGCUAUGAUCUCGCCGCCCUGGCGAUUUUUGCGGUCCCAUGGGGUCUAGGAACCGUGAUGGGUCUUUCGGCAAGGAUCAUCGAUACCCUGCCAAUUUUUCCGACGUAUCCAGGAACCUUUACCGCAGACGAAGUUGCCUCGGGUUUUGUUAUGCCAUACACGAUCAAGGCUUUGCUGGGAAGCGGCGGCACUGUCGGUAUGCUGCUCCUGCUCUUCAUGGCCGUCACCAGCACAGUCUCGUCAUCAAUGAUUGCUGUCAGUAGUAUCAUCUCAUUCGACGUUUAUCGCACCUACAUCAACCCCAAGGCUACUGACAAGCAGGUGGUCAAUGUAAGCCAUCUUGGUGUCAUCUUCCACGGAGUCUUCAUUACAGGAUUCGCUCUGAUACUGAAUUAUGGGGGCGCAAACAUCUCCUGGGUAAACUACUUCUCACCCAUCCUCACCUGUCCAGGUAUCUUCCCUCUGAUAUUCACGCUCAUGUGGUCAAGACAAUCCAAGCUUGCAGCGAUUGUGUCCCCAAUACUCGGCCUGAUAAGUGGCGUUAGCGUCUGGAUGGGCACGACCUAUGCCAUCUACGGAGGGAUCUCGUUCGCUACAACCGUGGAGCUGGCGCCGUGUCUCUACGGCGCUAUUGCGUCACUCUUCUCGCCGGUGUUGUAUUCGAUUGUCAUAUCACAUCUCAAACCUGAGCACUUUGACUGGCGCGAAUUCUUGAGGAUAGAUCUUGUCGAGGAUGAGACGACGCUUUCAACCAGCAGCGCAUCGUCUCCAGAUGACUCCAUCGCUGCCCUGUCGACAGGUAAAGACCAAAAGCAACGGGAGAAGACGAAUGUAGCUCCUGCCAUUUACGAAAGCCCCCAGCUAAACACCGUCGUACCCGGAUCCGCUACACCAUUGGUCGACCUGGUACACCCUCUUGACGAGGAAUCCCUCCGCCAUCUACGUAGAUGGUAUAAGAUUGCGUGGAUUUUCCUUAUCUUCAUUAUCGCCAUCACCUUCGUCGUGUGGCCGAUGCCGCUGUACCGGGACUAUAUCUUCACCAAGCCGUUUUUCCGCGGUUGGGUGACAAUGGCGAUCCUCUGGCAAUUCUUCGCUCUUUUCGCGGUGGUGAUCUACCCGGUAUACGACGGGAGACACGAAAUUGUCAAGUCUGUCCAGGGAGCGGUCGAGUUGGCGACGACCCAAUCUUCCGGGGAGAACAAUCGGACACGUGAUUUUCCUACAGCGAACGGUCAUGGAGCUCCAAGAACAAUUCCUAGACUCCCUUCAGUGGCCCGAAGUUUUGCUGCCGAUGAAGGGGAAGAAGCGUAUCCACGACCCCAUUCAGAAGAUACUACGACCAGGCUGUACGCCCAAGAAGAGCGCAUCAGGCAACUUGAGUGCAGAAUCAUUGGUCUAGAGAAAGCCACUCAUGGUGCCAGAAUCCCAGAGCUUACCCAAGCUGAGCUAUCAAUACACUCGAAUCCUAUGGCAGCAGUGGAUAAGGAGACAAUGAUCUUUAGAGGCAAACAUUUCAAGACCCAAUUCUAUGGAGCUAGUCAUUACACGAGCUAUCUAUCUCACCUUCCGGAGUUGCGGCUGUUCAUGAAAGAUAUGAUUGUGCAGCACCAAGGAUUAGCAUCUGUGCAAAGAGAACUCCACAACACCAAGAUUAAAGGCCCUGGUCAAGAAGACAGUCUGCCGACUAACGAUAAAGCUCUCAUCAGCUUACUGCCACAGAAGAAAGUCGCAGACCAGCUAGUGCAAAUCUAUGUUGACAACCUGGAGUCCACCUAUCGAGUUCUGCACCUACCAACUUUCUGGGAAGAGUACUCGAGUUUCUGGAAAGCUCCCCAAGAAGGUAGACCUGCGUUCGCUGCACUUCUGUUAUUGAUCCUGGCCAGUACCUACUGCGUCAAGGAGAAGGAUUCAUCAAUGUUCAGAGGCGAUAGCUCGGUCGGACGCGAGACUGCUAUCAUGUGGAUACGAACUUGCGAUUCGUGGCUGCAGUCCCAAAGCCAAAAGCACACUAAUAUGACCGUCUUCCAAAUACACUGCCUCUCCUUCGUAGCGAAACAGAUGAAUUCAAUCAAGCGUAAACGGACCUGGACAUCAGCUGGAAAUCUCAUGAGACUUGCGUUAUCUAAUGGUCUUCAUCGCGACGCCAAAAUAAUCAAUCUACGUCAUGCCACACCGUCUUCCAAGAAAGUCUCCGCCUUUGACCAAGAAAUGCGGAGGCGCAUAUGGGCCACCAUUUCGGAAUUAGAAUUGCAGGCGGCAUUCGACAGAGGAAUGCCGGCCAUGUUGCGUGAUCUCGUUGAGGAUUGCGGUCCGCCCUUGAACCUUGACGACGAAGAAUUCGAUCCUUCAGCGGAGCAACUGCCAGGGCCGAGGCCAGUAUCGCAGUACACAAGGUCGACUUUCCAGCACCUCUCUCGCUUAAGCUGGUCCUUACGACUCGAGCUUGUGUCAGUGAUUAAUGGACCACAUCCUCAAAUGGCGUACGAAGAUGUAUUGCUUUAUGAUAGAAAGAUCAUGCAAUAUCUGGCCGAGAUCCCGCAUUGGAGUGACCAAGCCAGCGUGGUCUCGAGAGUGCUCCUACAGCUCCAGUUGCAAGUACUCUUGCUUUUCCUUCAUAGGCCUUACGCACGAGAAGAAGCGCGAAGUUCCAGAUACGAUUACUCUGCUAUAAUGCAUCUCAGAAGUGCCAUGAACAUCCUUGAUCUACAUCACCAGCUCACAAGCACUGGCAAUACCUUCCUAUGUUUGUUCAGGACCGAUAUAUUUGGUGCAGCGCUGAGCAUCUGUUACAACUACUCUGCUUCGGAACCUAAUACUGAUCAAAAUCUAUUUUCGCGAAGUUCGAUCAAACAGUCAAGCAGCGAUCCACUGCCCUAUCUAGAAAAGGCUCUCAACAUGAUCGGAGAAAAAAUUAUGUGUGUAGGUAUUGGACUUCCAGAGUACUACUGUGUAUGCGCGAUGAUUGGGUUACUCAAGAAGAAGCAGUCGCCAUCGCUAGAACAGUCAAGAUAUGAGGAGCAGAAGGCUGCCUACAAAGUUACUCAGAUGACCCAAAGAGUCAUGUCUUUGCAGGACAACUAUUCUGCGGCAGCGACGCUGGCGAGUCUGCCCAACAUGCCGGUUUCAGCACCCACUGGUCUUCUCGGCAAUGGCAGUAGCAAUGGCAACGCGAUCGGACCAAGUGGGCAGAUGGAUGGCACUGAUAUGCUCGAGGUACCUAAACACUCAUCGCCGUCAAUGUAUGACAUUACUGACCGUGGUGAUGCUUAG